UCUCUGUUUAUUUAGUUUAAUUAAUUUAAUUUAAUUUCAACUCAUUGAUUUCUCAAGUUCGUGUUUUUAUGGUUCCGUGCAGUUGCUCGGGUAAUGCUAUGGAAUCUUGUUGGUUUGAGCUGUUUGGUUGGUGAGAAAAUGUGGGAAAAUGAGAUUGUUUUAUGAUCUAUUAAAUCAUGUGUGGAGGUUCAGAGAAGUUAAGUUCUAAGGCCUUGUCUCCACCGGCUUCCCCUCAAAGCAAGUCAUCUCUAGAUAAAAAUAUGAGUUAUCUGUCUGAAACGGUUGAGACCAAACAUUCUUUUUCCCCUUUGCUUGAGCUUGCAGCUGAUAAUGAUUCUGAGGGUUUCAAGAGAUCUAUUUGUAAUGCAUCCGAUAUUCAUGAGGUUGGAGUCUGGUAUUGCUGCCAACGGUUGUCAAAAAAGAAAGUUCUUGAGAGUAUGACGCCGUUUAUGGUUGCUGCUAAAUAUGGUAGCGUUGAUGUUGUGAAACUAAUUCUUUCUUUAACUAAGGCGGAUGUAAAUCUGUCUUGCAGUUCAGAUAAGAGUACUGCCUUGCAUUAUGCUGCUUCUAGUGGAUCUAUUAAUGCAGUCGAUGUCAUCAAGUUGCUUUUACUUGCUGGUGCGGACCCAAAUGUCACUGAUGCUGAUGGACAUCGGCCAUUAGAUGUUAUUGUUGCUCAUCCAAAUAUUCCCCAUUCAAGAGUUGUCCUUGAAGAACUUUUGAAGAAUGAUGUUUCUGUUUGUUUAGAUGAUAUGCAGGUUUCAACUGUUAGUUUGAGAUCCAGUUCACAAUCUCUUUCAUCAUCAUUGGAUACUUGUUCUUUGGCUUCAGUGUCAGAUUUACCCUUGUCUUUUGUUAGUUGCAAGCCUGAUGAUAUGCAUACUUCAUCUGUACCGGAGAAGAAAGAGUAUCCUAUUGAUCCGUCUUUUCCUGAUAUCAAGGACAGCAUGUAUACAUCUGAUGAAUUCCGGAUGUUUUCCUUUAAGAUCCGGCCUUGUUCCCGAGCUUAUUCCCAUGAUUGGACUGAGUGUCCUUUUGCUCAUCCAGGUGAGAAUGCACGGAGAAGAGACCCAAGAAAGUUCCAUUACAGUUGUGUGCCAUGUCCUGAUUUUCGUAAGGGAGCAUGUGGGCGUGGAGAUUUGUGUGAAUAUGCUCAUGGAGUUUUUGAGUCCUGGCUACACCCAGCCCAAUACAGAACCAGACUCUGUAAGGAUGGUAUAAGUUGUGCACGCCCUGUGUGCUUCUUUGCUCACACAUCUGAGGAAUUGCGACCUCUUUAUGUGUCUACUGGAUCUGGUGUGCCAUCCCCUCGAUCUGCUGCAGCCAUGGAGAUGGGCCACAUGGCUUCAGCCUUUAACAUGUUGCCUGGCUCCCCAUCAGCUGUGUCUGCCAUGUCACAUUCUCUGUUUAGCCCAACCAUGUGUUCUGCUAAUGAUAUAUCACAGUCAUCCAUGGGUUGGCCUCAGCAAAGCAUCCCAACUUUGCAUCUCCCAGGCAGCACCCUUCAGGCGAGCCGUUUAAGAUCUUCUCUCAGUGCUAGAGACAUUCCAGCAGACGAUCUUGAUAAGCUGCAAGAUUUUGAAAUGCAGCAUCAGAAGUUACUUAAUGAUAUAUCUUAUCUUUCUCAGCCACAAUUUGGUGCACAAGCAAAUCUUUCUGCUUGUUCAAAAACCCUAACUCCUACAAAUCUUGACAAGCUUUUGUGUCCUGAGGUUGCAUCUCCUCGAUACUCUGAUCAGUUUUCUGCUACAACUGUUUUAUCUCCAUCACACAGAUCAAUGGCUCUUAAUCAAUUUCAGCAGCAGCAAAGCAUGUUAGCUCCAAUCAAGACAAAUUUGUUCUCUCCAAAGAAUGCUGAUCACCCUCUCUUGCAGGGUUCAUUUGGUGUCUCCUCUCCAGGGAGAAAUUCACCACGGAAGGUGGAGCCUAUAUCCCCAAUGAACUCUUGUCUAUCCGCCCUAGCUCAUCGUGAGAAGCUGCAGCAACAGUUAUGCAGCCUCAGCUCUCCCGAACUUCGGUCUAACCUUUCACAUGAUCCUAAAUCUAAUAGUGUUGUUGGUUCCCCAGUGCAUUCUUGGUCAAAAUGGGAAUCUCCCAAUGUCAAAGUAGACUGGUCUGUUCAGGCUGAUGAAUUAAAUCAGUUACGCAGAUCAUUUUCAUUUGGGCGCAAUGGAGAGGAGCCUGAUGUUUCAUGGGUUCAAUCACGAUUGAAGGAAACUCCAUCAAAGAUCAAAGAAGCAAGCAUAGUUCCACCCUCAAGCAUGGCGCCCUCAGUUGAGGGCUCUAAUUUAAAUCCUGAGAGUGAAUCCAGUGAUCACUUGGGAGCAUGGCUUGAGCAACUGCAGCUCGAUCAGAUUGUUGCUUAGCGAAAAUUCCUACUGCUUUUACCGAGCCUUGAGACAGUUAAAACUCAAUUAUUAGUUAAUUUUUUUUUUUUUUUUUUUAGUUUGUUGCUGAUAAUAAUUCAUCACUUGGUUCCUGAUAUCAUAUGGUUGUCAAGAAGAUGAUAG